UUAUGCAGCACUACUUUUGUAUACGUCCGACAAUUGUUUCUGGUCUCCUGGAAGAGUCUCUUUUAUUUAACUUACACGAACUUACUGCGUUAUCGCAAUAACCAUGGUUAUAGAUGGGGUUUAUAAUAACUUGUGUUUUAUUUGAAUCAUAAGGAGACGAACGGUUGCGUAUUUACUGGAUCUAUUUCUUUUGGAUGGCAGUGCUGCGCCCUUCUCUCUCACACUUCUAUGCUAGCCGCCAUCUUGAAUUUUAAUGAACAUUUUUGAAAAAAUGUGUUUCCUGUGAUAUUAUCAACUAGGGUGUCGUGUCAAAUAGUACUGCUUUGUGGAUAGGCGAUUCGUUGUGCGUGUGUCCGUGGAGGAAACGCCUGGUUCUAAUUUGUAGGUUCCUAUCUGAGAAUUGUUUCUAAAACUCGGAGACUAAAUGCAACUGGACCAGGGGGAUUGUGGGCAUGAAGUGGCUGGGCGAAUCCAAGAACAUGGUAUUAAAUGGCAGGCGACAAGGAAGCAAAUAUACCAGUGAGCAACCUGUGAGUCAGAGUCAGACUCGCUCUCAGCAUUCACAACGGGCAUCAUUGCGACCCAGCAAAAGCCACCCCAGCAACAGGAGAUGUAGCCGUAGGUUUUCAACAGCCAGCCUCGAAGCAGAGAGGCGCUAUGUUCCAUCAUCAGGAAUGACUGCAAAAGAGCUCUGUGAGAAUGAUGACUUGACUACAAGCCUCAUUCUCGACCCUUACCUGGGCUUUCAGACUCACAAGAUGAACACCAGGUUUCGGCCAAUCAAAGGGAGGCAAGAAGAGCUGAAGGAAAUUAUUGAGCGCUUCAAGAAACAUGACAACCUGGAGAGAGGCUUCAGAGCCCUGACAUCAGGAGACUGGUCAAGACACCAUUUUCUCCACAAGACAAAAGCUCAGGAGAAGCUCUUCAAGCAGCAUGUCUUUGUUUAUCUCCGAAUGUUUGCGACGGACAGCGGAUUUGAGAUUCUCCCCUGUAACCGAUAUUCAUCAGAACAAAAUGGAGCUAAAAUUGUGGCAACAAAGGAGUGGAAAAGAAAUGAUAAGAUGGAGUACCUGGUGGGAUGCAUCGCCGAGCUUUCAGAGAGCGAGGAGAACAUGCUACUUCGACACGGGGAGAAUGACUUCAGUGUCAUGUAUUCCACACGCAAGAACUGCGCCCAACUCUGGCUCGGCCCUGCUGCCUUCAUCAAUCAUGAUUGCCGGCCAAAUUGUAAGUUUGUGUCAACCGGCCGAGAUACAGCCUGUGUCAAAGUGCUAAGGGACAUAGAACCAGGCGAGGAAAUCUCGUGUUACUACGGAGAUGGUUUUUUUGGAGAAAACAAUGAGUAUUGUGAAUGCUAUACAUGCGAAAGACGAGGUACUGGUGCAUUCAAAUCUAAAGCUGGGUUACCAGUGGAAGUACCAGUGAUCAACAGCAAGUACGGGUUGCGGGAAACAGACAAGCGUCUCAACAGGCUGAAGAAGCUGGGCGAAGGGAGCAGGAGCUCCGACAGCCACUCGGUGGGCUCCCACACAGAUGUGGACUCUCAGGAAAUGCCAAAAAUGCAUCAAUCUGUAAGAAAAAGAAAUUCUCCAGGAAUGAAGUUCACUAAAACCAGGACUCAAACUAGACAGACUCUUUCAAGAGCUCUAUCAUCUACCUCACCUUCUAAACAAGGUCACAUAAACAAUAACAGGGUACCAAAGAGACUAAAAUCCCAAUCAAAGCCUUCGUUAAGUAAAGUCCAAUUAAGGAGUCGGCGGAGGAGUAGGGCGGAGCCUAAGGCGUUGGCCAAAGGAGAGACUUGCCGACUGGGUGUCAGGGACCCCAAAGUUUCGCUUUGUAAAAGCCUCAACGUUAAGAAGGAGAAGGACUCACAGGUGCUAGUGCAGCAGGCGAUGGGACAACGGGGCUGCUUGACCCGUCAUGCCGCCAAGGGGAGCAGUAACUUGCCAGGUGCACAAGGCUGUGAUGGCAGCCAGUCUUCUUAUGGAACUCGCAGGUCCACUAGAACCAUGGUAAAAGCCCAGGAAUCUGCAACGGGAGUCAAGCUGGAGCCCAGUGCUCUGGAGGGCUUCGAACCAGUCCCUGGUGGUGUGGUCAUUAAGUCGGAGCCUGCUGACAUGGAGGAGUACCUCCACCAUGGGCUGGGCCUGGAGCAAGCCGUGCUCGAGACUGGCUACGCAAAGAGAAGUUCCUGCAGUGCACGCAAGCGGCCCUCGUCGCACAUGCCGGAAAGGACAAUUAAAUGCGAGGACUCGUACGGAGAUGCGUUGAUGUCAGUGGGAGCCACUGCCCACACCGCUAACUUCACAGACUGCAGCAACGUCCGACUGUCCUUCGCAGACCGACACCGAGAUUACAACGGUGUCGGCAAAAGCAGCAAGUCCCAGCGCAGGGAAAAGGGCAAGAGCAGCUGCCGAUCGCAGAGCAAAGGGAAGAAGAAGCGCCAGAUCACCCGCUACGACGCCCAGCUCAUCCUGGAGAACAACACGGGCAUCCCCAAGCUGACCCUCCGCAGGCGGAGGGACAGCAGCAGUAGCAAGAACAACGACCCGAGCGAGGCCAUCGGCUCGUCCGGCUCAGGCGUCAACCCCGCGUCUUCCAACAAGAUCAGCAUUAAGUUCAGCAAGGACCACGACAAGGACAAGGGCAGCUCGUACGUGGCGAAGUUGAACAAUGGCUAUACGCCCGGGGUCCACAACAGCUCCACAAAGCUCAAGAUCCAGCUGAAGCGGGAGGACGACCCCCGGAGGACAUCGCAGUCCAAGUCGGAGCACAUCUCUUACAACGGCGACACGGGGCAGAGUCUAGAGGUCCGCGGCGGCGGUCAUCGGACCCAAACGGCGAUGGCGGAAUCUUCAUCAGAGGAAGAAGACGACGAUGACGAUGACGACGACGACGACGAUGAGGAAGAAGAUGAUGAUGAUGAUGAGGACGAUUACUUUGAUAAUGAGUUCGAGGACGAUUUCAUUCCACUCCCGCCUGCAAAGCGCCUGCGGCUCAUUGUGGGAACAGACUCCAUAGACAUCGAUAUCUCCUCCAGGAGGAGGGAGGAUCAGUCUCUUAGGCUCAAUGCAUAAGCUGUGGAGCUCAUUCCUCCACCCUUCAUGUAAAUAAAGAACCAUCACUCACUAAUCAACUGUUGUGUUGAUGUAAAAGAAGUACAGUAAUUAAACAAAAUAAGUUGCUGAGAAUUAAAUAUCUAAAUCAACUGAGAAAAAAAAAAAGGGGUCUAUUAACCUAAAACAAAUUCUUUGGUUAUUCACGUCACUUCUGUUCAUAGAGUACAUCAAGAGUUUGUUUUACGUUCAAUUCGUCCCUUGCACUUGAUAAUGUAGAAAGUGUACAGUAAUGGUGACUAUACCGUCUGUCAGGGUUGGCAGAAAUCUGUUCCCCCUUUAUUUUUAGAGUUUGUCUAUUAGUUUGUAUUUGUGUGACACGCCAUCCUUAAUGUAUGGUCUGUGUCGAAGCAUUAUUAUGAUCACUUGGUUCAUUUGGUAGUACGUGCCAUGUUUGCAUUGCUCUGUUCGAUUCCCAGGUAAAGAACCAUUUAAAUUCCAUCACCGCAUUAAUGUAAUGUAAUUUACUGUGUAAGUUCAACAUGUGUAUGCAAUAGAGUUCCAUCGACAAGGAACCUCUUUUAGAAUACUUGUCGACCAUUCAUGUAAACACAGUUGUAGAGCAUUGUUAACGGAGAUUAAAUUUUCUUGAUUCAUGAUCUAAAACAUUAAAGGGGGAUGAAACUCAAUUUAUUUUAGCAGACUAUUCAUGACAAUCUAAUAAUUAAACUUUUUGCGGGGGGCAGCGGGGUGGAGGAAAUCAGGAUAUCCUUGUGUACCCUGAAAUACAAAAAACUGGGCUUUAUUACAUGGACCUUAAAGAUGACAAUGUCAAUCUACAAUAGCUCAUAACCAUUUAUUGGAGAGGGUUAAGAGAAAAGCAUUUUCAGUCAGUUUCAUCCUUCUUUUAAAAAUGUCUUGCAGUUAUGAUGCAAUGAAAUUAUGCUGAUUUUAAACAAUACAUCUUAUUUUUUUAUGUUCUACCUUGAGUAAAUUCCAUUGCUAUCAAAUAUUGCUAGAUUGUAGUGUAUAGUUUUCAUAUGUCAACUCCGGCUAUGGCAUUCACAUUGAGAUGGACCAAUGUUUUAAUUACUGGUUCUCCAUCUGGGAGCUACUGUAUAAUGAUAUCAUGGUACAGUAGUUAAACACUAAUCAUUCAAAUAGUCAAAACAUGAUUGCAAACAGUCCGUUUUUUCUUCUUCCAUACUUGUCAUCCAGAAACCAUAUGAAUAAUGUACAGAAAGACACGCUCAUGUUCCAGGACUUCCAUUCUAAUCCUAUCUCGGACAGUCAAUUCGUAAUCAGACUUGAAAUGAAGUUGAGGACUUGCAUAAGCACCUGUAUUUCCUGUUGUGAAAAGUGCUAGUUAUAUGGCUCAUUUGCCAAUUAUUUUUGUGUUGCAAGAUUUGUAAAAUCUACUUGCAAGAUUUAGUCGAAUGGAUUAGUUAUUGGCAAUAUAUCGCAAGUUAUCGUAUUGUUUAGUCAAAGACCCCUAGUUUUUUUGUCAAGAGCAAAUAAGAGUUAAUAAUUAAAAUCUGGAGACCCCCCCCCCCCCACCUGUUAUAGUUGUUAGAUUCCAGCAGUCUUUCUGUACAUUAUUUCCCCGGUAGUAAAAGUAAACAACUGCCAAAUAGAUCAAGGGAUCAACCAAGGUAAAUGUUAACCCACUGUUUUCUUUCUUUCAUUUUCUUGUUAUGUACUGUUCAUAGCACCAGCAGCUGUUCACAUUUCUGAAUCUGGCUCGAUAUGUCCUUGUUCUUCUGUGGACGUCUCCAUUCUACACUGUAUACUGUUCCAGGUGUACUGUCUGUGUGGUCUGUGUCUGUCCACUAGACAGCUGUCAAGAUUUCCUAUUGAGUUUAAAAACAAACAAAAAAAACAACACAAAAACAAAUGUGAAUAGUAUGAUGACAUUUUAGAGUGUUGCGUGGGUAGUGGGGACAUGUUAAGAGAAUUAAAAAUGGGCAGUGAUUAUAUUGUCCGUUAUGUAAAUCUUGUGAACACAUCUUGUACUUAUUUAACAAUUUUGAAUACUUGAAAACUAUAUAAAGUUUCUUUGUGACUCUUA